AUGAGCAUCUUCGAUGAUGCGUUAGAGCCUAUAACAAAGCAAUCACGCUUUCAACACCUCCUGACCAGCUUUCAACGAUCGCUUGUGGAUGUUUCUGCAUUUAUUACAGAAUGGACACCAUUCCUGCUCGUUGCUUCAUAUUACUGGUUUUCUAUCUGUCUUUACAUUUUAUUUCCACCUUGGAUUAUGGCCAUAUUCUGGUACAUCUACAUGAUCUCAAAUUUCUACAUCGCCAGUUCGACCGUGCUGGAAGCAUUCAUGAGCCUUGCACCUAUUCGAGAUGCGAGGAAGACCAUCAGCAAAGCUCAGGCGAACGAGUGGAGAUUCCCUACGCCGGACAGCGAUCUGCCUAUCCUCGACUUGCUCAUUGUAGCCUACCUACCCAACGAGAAAGACAUCAUCAUGGACCGAGCUCUUUACGCUCUCGAAAAAAUUGCCUACCCUCAACAUCUCAUCAGAAUCAACAUUCUUUACAACACCCCACGGUCUAUAGAGCCUUUGGAAUCACAACUCCAUGACUUGACUAAAAAGUACUCUCACGCCAGAGUCAUCAAAGUCCCUGGCUCAACAUCGAAAGCGGACAACUUGAAUUACUUCUUUUCAUUGGACACCGGAUCAGACAUCAUCGCCAUCUUCGACUGCGAUCACUAUCCUCAUCCCAAUAAUCCUCGAUGGGCCGCUGAACGCUUCAUGUCGGAUUCUGCAAUCGACAUCGUGCAGGGACGCUGUGUGAUCUUCAACGCCCCUGCUUCGUUGCUUGCAGCUAUGAUCUCGGUGGAAUUCGACAAGAUCUAUGCUGUAUCGCAUCCCGGAAGAUCAUCAAUGUGGGGGUUCGGCCUUUUCUGUGGCAGCAACGGGUUCUGGAGAACAUCACUUCUACGCCGCUUGAAGAUGGAUGGCUCCAUGCUUACAGAGGACAUAGACUCUGCACUAAGAGCUGUGUCUGAAGGCGCCAAGACCGUUCAUGACAUGAACGUCGUUUCAUAUGAGCUUGCUCCCACCCAAUGGCCAGCCUUCUGGAAGCAGCGCCUUCGAUGGGCUCAGGGGUGGGCGCAAGCAAGCUCUCGCCAUCUGAUUAUGUCUUUCACCAAACCAGCCGAAGGCGUACGCAAGCGUGAAUUCCGAACACGGUUUGGACUCUUCUCUUUGCUCCUGAUCAGAGAGUGGUCUUACUAUCUCGUGACCCAGUAUACCUGUCUCGUUGUUAGUAUGGUUAUCACGGACUUCCCCAAGACCGCUGGACAACUUGCUCGCCUCAUUUUCUUCCAAUUUCCUUUAUCAGAAUGGUUUUUCAUCAUAAGUUUGCUUUGCCUCAUUGCCACUCUUUACAUUACCAACAGAGUGAGAUCUGAAUUUGUCGAGAGAUGGAUGAUCGUCGCCUUUUCAGUCAUUUACCCGUUCUACUUAGUCCUUGCGGCUACAAUUGGUCUUUACGGACAUGCUCGAGCUGUCACAAAGUACUCUGCCUGGAAUCCAACUGCUCGAACUUGA